AAAAAAAAAAACACUUUCAUACAAGUGGGUUGCCUCCAAGGCAGUUUCUAUACUUACAAGUUAGAAAAUAUCCUCAUAUGGGUACUAAGGAGCUGCAGCUUGGGUUGCAAGAUGAGCACGAGUGCAUAAUUGGCUAUGAUACAGUCUGGAAAGGAAAAGAAAAGGCUUUGGCUGAAUUGUAUGAUUCAUGCCAAGAGAGUUUUCAGCUGUUGUACAAUUGGAGGUCAGGGGUCACGAAGGUUUUCGGUAGACCAUGGCUUGGCAGACAGCAGACUACUACUAGCAACAAAAUCAGUCAUUAAAUCGAUCCGAUCGGUUCACAUCCCGCGAGAUAAUCCAUGGCUGGGUGCUAGGGUUUACGGCUUCCUCCAUUCGCACGCACCCCUGGGCGCUGCGGGCUCGCGGAGCAGGAUCGAUCAGUUCGGAUGGAGGAUGGGGAGACGGAGGAGGCGCAGCGGGACGCGAUCACGGCGAGGAUGCGGGCCCAGGACUACGCGGGCGCGAGGGCGCUGCUGCUGCGGACGCUUCAGACGAACCCCAGGCUGGAGGGUGCCCUGGAGAUGCUCCCGGUGCUCGAGGUCCUCUGCUGCGCCGCCGCCGGCCGUGGGGGCGUGGACUGGUACAGAGUCCUCCAGGUGCUGCCUGUGGAUGACGCCGCCAGGAUCGAGGCGCGCUACAAGAGCAUCGUGGCCCAGGUGGAGCCGGCCAUGGGGGCUCUGCCCGGCGCCGAAUUGGCCCUCAAGCUCGUCGACGAGGCUUACGCGGUGCUGUCUGAUCCAGAGAAGCGAGAGGGGUUUGAUUCGAGCAACGUUUUCACCCGGUUCGUUCGGUCCGGUGUCGUUGAUGCUCCACCGCCCGGUGGCACACUCGUCCGUCCUGACAGGGUGAGCAGCCUUCACACAAACAAGAUUAUGGCGUUAAAUGGUACGAGCAAUGCAGUCUCGCGUACCAACCACGCCGACAGGCCAUGCUUUGAUGGAAGGGAUUCCCGUCUUUCAAAUGUGGCGAGUUCAUCCGGGACUAAGAGGAUGGAUCCUUGCUUUCUUGCUGAUGACGGUGAGUUGCAGUCACCUGAUGGCACUCAUGUUAACAAGGGGCAAAAGAGUGUCAGUGAAAAGGAUGUUUAUUGCAUGUCUCCCUCACAGGAAAACUGGGAUACCUGCUUUGAUGAUCCAUCACAUGCUAAGGAAGAAGAUUUGGAUGCCUGCUUUGAUGAUCCAUCUGGUACCAAAGAAGGUGAGCUAUGCAGUAGCAAGUCGUAUGAAUACCAUAAUUUUGAAGAAGAUCGAGCGAUCGAGAAUUUUGCUCCUGGCCAGGUUUGGGCAGCAUAUGACUGGGGGAGGUUUCCUCGUAGAUAUGCACUGAUUGUUAAAGUACUGACGGAUAAAAUGCAGUUGUAUGUCUCAUGGUUCAUGCCCUGUCCGCAAACUCCUGAAGAGAAGAAAUGGUCCCUUGUGGGGUUGCCAUUGGUUUGUGGAACUUUCGUUGCAGAUGAACACCGAAUCUCGUUAACAUGUCCAACUAUGUUCUGUCACCAAAUUUCCAACAACAACAUGAAUCAAGAUCUUGAAGUGUAUCCACAGGAAGGUGAAAUAUGGGCCAUUUAUAGAAAUUGGGAUAUCGGAUGGUACACUGAUCCUAGGAUGUGGAAGAAUAGUGACUUCUCUAUUGUUGAAAUUCUUACUAGCUAUUCUAAUGAAUCAGGUUACACUGUUGCACAUUUGACAAAGGUGGAUGGUUAUGGAAGUGUUUUCCAGAGGCAUUUUAAGAGUGGAACAGAACAUUUGUUACACAUACAUGGUCAAAAUCUUAUCAUGUUUUCUCACAGGAUCCCUUCUUUCAAAUUUACUCAUGAUGCUGGAACUAUGUUCGAGCUUGAUCAUUCUGCAGUUCCAGAAAAAAUGCACCAAAAAAAUACAUCUGCGUGUAUUUCUCAUUUGUCUGAGCUUUCAGGUUUACCUGAUGACACAGAUGGCUUCCCUGAAACUGCUGUUGCACAAUUCUCAAAUCCUUCAGCAACAAGCAAAAUGGAAGCAGGUUCCCCGACGCAAGCCAUGAUGAGCUACAAUACCAAGUGGUUUCCCAAGGAUUUUCUAGAGGGCCAAAUAUGGGCUGUAUUUGAUUCUCGGGACCGGAUGCCUAGGUCUUAUGUCAGGAUAAUCCAUGUGGUUUCAUCUACUUCAGUUUUUGUAUUGAAGUUGGAACCUCACCCUAUGCUUAAUGAAGAGAUACAGUGGGUUGAAGAUGGUCUACCGGUUGCUUCUGGAGUAUUUCGCGCUGGUACUGAAACUACUUACAAGGAUAUCUGGGAAUUCUCACACCCUGUAGAGUGUGACUGGAGUGCAAAAAGAUCUUUUUACCGUAUAUUCCCCCAAAAGGGGGAAAUAUGGGCAAUGCUAAAAAAUUGGAGGAUCACCUUGAAUACCACUGACAUUGACAAAUGUGAACCUCGCAUGGUUGAGAUCCUCUCGGAAUACUCUGAUGAAAAUGGAGUAAAUGUUUGCAGCUUGGCUCGGGUAAAAGGUUGCUUUACCUUUUUUCAUAGGGUAGCAGUGGAGGAUUUCUGUUUGACAAGGUGGAUUCCAAGGUCUGAAAUGCUCAGCUUUUCCCACCGUGUUCCUGCUUUUGACAUUGUUGACAUCAAAGAUCAUGAUAUACCACAAGGGUCAUGGUAUCUGGAACCAAGUGCCCUUCCUACAAGGAUCAUACAUUAACACAUGUAUAGUAGCAGAAGUAGCCAUAGCCCUAUUGUAAUGAACUAAUGACUCCACCCUUCUCUAUCCCUCCAUUUUGAAUUGUUCUACUUAUCUCCAUUAAUCAUCUUGUACUUACUGACUCAUUUGUGAAGAGAACUGUUUGAUCAACUCUUCAAAAUUCCCAUGUAUGACCAAUUGCAGAUCAGGUCUGACAAGUGUUAAAAUUUGGAAAUGAACUCUUUUACCAUGAAAUACAAAACGAGAAAGUAACGUAACUUAAA